GCUAAUCUCUUCGCAACGAACUGUUCCAACAAUGGCGCCAGUGUUUUACCGAUUAAUGAUGAUCGUCAUCCUCGCCUUUUUAACUGAUCAAUGUCGUGGUAGGAACCCAUUUUGGUUCAGACCCACUCCAAAGCGUGAUCAACAGUAUUAUCAGUCAUUUCAACACGUGCCGACUGAAAAUGAGACCGCAACGAAAUUGGUCACCAAUUUCUUUCGCAUACCCCUCUCGUACUUGUCUCAGAUUGGACGGAGCAAGAGGCAGGUCACACAGGAAGAUAUUGUGGUGAUUCUGGAUCGUUCAGGUUCGAUUGGGGACUGUAACUACGAAAAAGCAAAGGAAGCCUUGAAGACCAUGCUUGACAUUGCGUCAGAAAUAGGAUAUGACAACAGAUAUGCAGCAGUGACAUUUGCAAGCCAUGCCACGACCGAUUUUACUUUUGUUGCUAAUCCGGACGCAGGAAUUAAGAUAAAGAACCUUCCCUAUAUCCGUGGGGCAACCAACACUCAGGCUGCAUUACAAGAAGCAAAAAGGGUUUUUGAAGAUCCUUCUUCAGGGAAACGUCCGGGUGUUAAAAAGAUUGCUUUCCUUAUCACCGAUGGGCAUUCAAACGUUGAUCCCUGGAAGACCAUACCAAAUGCUAACUUAUUGAGAGCUAGUGGUGUGGAGAUUUUUGUCGUUGCUGUUGGAGAUUACAAAUCAGGAAUCAGUGAAAUCGUGGAAAUAGCUUCGCCAGACCGUAAAUACCACGUGUUCCGCGUCGCUGACAUGAAUGGCUUCCUGGAUGUUACAAAUUUGGCUUUUAAGUUAGUUGCUCCCAAGAAAUAUGCAGCUUUAACUCCUCAUAAGAAACUUUGUUAAAACGAUAAAUAUCAAACUUGCCUUCUAUUUUAAGUCGUAGUUUCAAAGGAACAGUAAUUCAAUAUAACUUAUUUUAGCAUUUAAGUAAUUAGUUUAUUAUUUCCCUCAAGUUUGAAUAUCACAUUGUAAUGGAUCCAAAGUCAAGUAGGAAUCGUAGGAAACGUUUUCAACCUUUAAAAUAGAGGAUUUUGUGAGUUCGUUUUGUUUAAUAUUGAUUGAAAGAAGAGCUCUAUUGCUUUCAUAGUAAGUUUGGUUAACAAAGGAAUGUAAUAAACGAAGGC